AUGGGUGUCGAUUGGGGGAUCUACACAAAUAAACAUAACUGGAAGAGUAUCGUCGGCUUAGAAUAUGAUCAAUGGAAACAUAAAAAGCUCUGGUGGGCCUACUGGGGAACGAACGAUGGGACACGAAAAGGCGAAUUCACCCCUUUUGGGGGAUGGUCAAACUUUUACAUCCAGCAAUAUGCGGGAGAUAUCAAUGGACCAUGCGGAGUUAAUCUUGACCUUGAUUACAUUGAUUAA